GAUUGCCCCUGCGUGAUGACGUUUUGCUCAGUUGUUUGAUUCGGGAACUGCGUGGACGUGGUGUCUGAAGAAACGGUUUCGAAAUAAUAAAAAAAAGACAGAUCGGGUGUAGCUGUGAAGGAAUCCCCACUCCUGUGCUGAGCAGACCCCAGGAUCUGUAUGGAGCUGCAGCCCCAGUGAGAUGACAGAUCAGGGGAAUAAUAAUAACCAGAACCUGUCCCAGAACCCCUUCGCUGCUCUCUUCAGCUCCGUCUCUGACGCCAGGGACUUUGCCUCUGUGCAGAAGCAGCCUCAGCCGCUCUCCUUGGAUGACUCCAGAGGCAGUCAGGAUGACUCUGAUAACUCUGUGUCGGAGAGCAUCGAUGAGAAUGACGACUCUCUGGCGGAGAUCAGUCGUUCGUUCCGCUCGCGGCAGGAGCUCUGUGAGCAGCUCAACAUCAACCACAUGAUCCAGAGGAUCUUCCUGCUCACCCUGGACAACACUGAGGCUUACUCUCCUGGCUGUGCAGGUGACCCCAGCCUGAAGGGGGGGAAUGGGAUCCCCCCCCGCUGCGUCUACCUGGAGGAGAUGGCAUCUGACCUGGACGGACAGGACUGGCUGGACAUGGACAAUAUAGAGCAGGCUCUGUUUACCAGAUUGCUGCUGCCGGAGCCGGGGAAUCACCUGAUCAACAUGACGUCAUCGAGCGCGCUCAACCUGUCUGCGGACCGCGACGCGGGGGAGAAACGCGCCGUGCCGUACCUCUUCUCCUGCUUCCAGAGAGCCAAGGAGGAGAUCAAGAAGGUCCCUGAGAAGCUGCUGGCCUGCGCGGUGCGGUGUAAGAACUUGAGCGUGUUGAACGCGCGCACCGUCCUGCUCACCCCCGAGAUCUACGUGGGCCAGAACGUCUCCGAGCAGCUCCUCAACCUGCUGCUGGAGGCUGUCAGCGGAGGCUUGCUGGAGCAGGUGGGAGAGUUCCUGGACGAGGUCAUCGCUGCCCUGCUGGCUGACCAGGAGGUGCGGACCUUCGGGGAGGUGAUGGUGCCUGUGUUCGAGGUGAUGCUGGGACGAGUGAAGGACCUGGACCUGUGCCAGCUGCUGCUCAACUCCUAUCUGGACAUCCUGGUGUACUUCAGCAAGCAGCUCGACAUCGCCAGGGUGUUUGUGGACUACAUCCAGCCCAAAGACGCCAACAACGGCCUGCAGUACCAAAAGACUCUGCUGGGGGCUGUGCUGAACAUCUCCUGCCUGCUCAAGACCCCCGGAGUGGUGGAGAGCCACGGAUACUUCCUUAACCCCUCGCGCUCCAGUCCACAGGAGACCAAGGUCCAGGAGUCCAAUAUUCACCAGUUCAUGGCGCAAUUCCACGACAAGCUCUUCCAGAUCCUGAAGAACCUGCUCCAGCUGUCUCCGGACACGCGCCACCGGCUGCUCACCUGGCUUGGAGGCUGCCUGCAUGCCAACGCCGGCCGUGCCAAGAUCUGGGCCAACCAGAUGCCGGAAAUCUUCUUCCAGAUGUACGCCUCGGACGCCUUCUUCCUGAACCUGGGCGCCGCGCUGCUCCGACUCUGCCAGCCGUUCUGCCGUCUCCGCUCCCCCAAACUGCUGACCUUCAACCCCACCUACUGCGCCCUCAAGGAGCUGAACGAAGAGGAGAGACGGAGCAGGAACGUGCAUGUGAGAGGUUUGGAUAAAGAAACUACUUUGAUACCAGCUCCCCAGAACCAGGAGCCCGAGUUUGCCCAGUCCUACAACCUCCUGACGGAGAACCUCAUACUGACGCAGUAUGCCUUGCACCUGGGAUUCCACAGGCUCCAUGACCAGAUGGUGAAGAUGAACCAGUCCCUGCACCGGCUCCAGGGAGUGUGGAGGGAGGCGCAGCAGAGCGCCAGCCCCGCCUCGGAGCAGCUGCGGGAGCAGUUCGAGCGCCUCAUGACCGUCUACCUGUCCACCAAGGCAGCCGCCACCGAGCCACACAUGCUGCAGGACUGCCUGAACCUGCAGGUGUCCACGGCCACGGUGCUGGUGCAGUUCAGCCUGGGUGCCAGUGGGGCCGACUACACCGAGCUGAGCUUCCCCUUGCCACCCCUCGAGAACAGCCUGCUCUGCUACGUGCCAGAGUUCUUUGCAGACAGCCUGGGGGAUUUCUUCAUCUUCCUGCGGAGGUUUGCGGAUGAGGUGCUGGAGUCGUCGGACGCGAAUCUGGAGCAGAUCCUUGACUUCAUCACGGUCUUCAUGAGCAACGUGGAGAGGCUGAAGAACCCCCACCUGCGUGCCAAGCUGGCGGAGGUGCUGGAGGCGGUGAUGCCUCACCUGGAACAGGUGCCUGGCCCCGCCCAGUCCAGCAUGUUUCAGAGAGAGCGAGCCUUCUGCACCUACCAGCAUGCUGCACACCUGGCUGAGGCGCUCAUCACUGUCUUCGUGGACAUCGAGUUCACAGGGGACCCUCAUCAGUUUGAGCAGAAGUUCAAUUACCGACGGCCCAUGUACCCGAUCCUGAAGUAUAUGUGGGGGAAGGACAGCUACAGGGAGAGCAUUAAGAGCCUGGCUCGGUACGCCUCGGAGAAUCUGGAGGCCAUGAACCCACCCCUCUUCCUGCGAUUCCUCAACCUGCUCAUGAACGACGCUAUCUUCCUGUUGGACGAAGCCAUCCAGUACCUGAGCAAGAUCAAGGUCCUGCAGAUCGAGCGGGACCGUGGGGAGUGGGACUCGCUGGCUCCCGACACUCGCAGAGAAAAGGAGUCCAGCCUCCAGAUGUUCGGGCAGCUGGCGCGAUUCCACAACAUCAUGUCCAACGAAACCAUCGGGACCCUGGCCUUCCUCACCUCAGAGAUCAAGUGCCUGUUCGCGCACCCCUUCCUGGCCGAGAGGAUCAUCUCUAUGCUCAACUAUUUCCUGCAGCACCUGGUGGGGCCCAAGAUGGGCGCGCUCAAGGUAAAGGACUUCACCGAGUUUGACUUCAAGCCCCAGCAGCUCGUCUCUGACAUCUGCACCAUCUACCUGAAUCUGGGAAACGAGGAGAACUUCUGCUCCACGGUCCCCAAGGACGGGCGCUCCUACUCCCCCAGGCUGUUCGCGCAGAUGGUGCGCGUCCUCAAGAAGAUCAACAAGCCGGGCAACAUGAUCGUCUCCUUCAGCCAGCUGGCCGACAAGAUCAAGUCCCUGGCAGACCAGCAGCUGCAGGAUGAGGAGACAUACGCGGACGCCCCAGAUGAGUUCCUCGACCCCAUCAUGAGCACCCUGAUGCUAGACCCUGUCCUGCUGCCCUCCUCCCGGGUCACUGUGGACCGCUCCACCAUCGCCAGGCACCUGCUCAGUGACCAGACUGACCCGUUCAGCCGCAGUCCUCUCACCAUGGACCAGAUCAGAAGCAACACAGAGCUGAAGGAGAGGAUCCAGCAGUGGCUGGCGGAGCGCAAACAGGAGAGGCUGCAGACAGGGCAGAGCACGUAGGACACUGCGACUGCAUUCAGCCCUGCUGCGUCUGUGUGUGUGUACAGGGGCACUGCAGAUGGGUAACGGCACACACACACACACACAAACAUAGCACUGCACACACCUGCUAUUGGUGGGAUGAACUAAACAAAUUGGCCCCACCCUGUAUAUAUGCAGCGUUGCUUACAUCAUCCCAGUCCAAGCUGCUCUAUUCACACACAGGGAUUGGGAAACCACUGCGCUGUCUUCAGUGAAUAAUCCGGCUCUUGCUACGUCAGCCAGUGGAGUCGUUGCUGGCGCUUGCUUCCAGGACCCCUUUGGGAAUGAGAUGCAUAUUUCAGUGGGUGGGUUCAAUUGUAAAGGAUGUGGCAUGUGGAUUGUCUCACAUGGUCCCAUAUUCUGGAGCUGGGAUUAGAACCAUUUUCUAUGGGCGAUCAGGCUAAUUGUGCCAUCCUUAAAAAAAAAAAAAAAAAAAAAAAAAAAAAAAAUGUUCUUUACUGCAUCCCGACUCUGGUUUGUUGAAUUGGGGUUGGUAGUUAGGUGAGAUUUGUUUUUUUUUUCUUUUCUUUCAAGUAAAAGUAGACUUGACAUUGCACAAUUGAUUUAUUUAUUUUAUUAACCCUCUAGCAGUAGUUGACUGGUUUUCUUUUUUCUUUUUCGGGUUUGCGUAUUCAAAACUGCUGUGUCUGUACACAAUGGUGUUUUAUUAUUAGAAUAAUAAAAAAUACCACAAAAAACAUCUGUAUUUAAAAAAAUAUAAUUUAGCUGUGUUCUAGAGUGCAUGGAAAUAAUCGGAUUGCUGAAUGGGGCAGACAAUGGCAAACCAAUUCAUUUGUUUUUAAGGUGGCCUUGUUAGGAGUUUCUGCUCCAGGGUGUCUGUAUACCAUUUCAAAUCUUUUUUCACUCAUUCUGCUCUUCUGUCAGGCUGGAGUAUCUAGCAGGGCUUCCAGCUGGGGUAGCUGUGAGCUCACAACCUGAAUCUACCUGGAAGAAUAUCCAGGGAAGAUCUCAUUUAAUAGUCUAACUCGCGGUGGGUCUUAACACUGCUACUCUUAACUCCAUUAGCAUCCCUAAAGACUAAAGAACGUUGAAAUGAGGCUCACGGAAUAAAGAUUGAGGCCAGCUGUUUUAAGAUCCACCGCUCUUAAGAUUGAUUAAAUUUGAACCCAGGUUCUCAAGAAUCCGAGAGAGAGCUGAAACUGGAGUGGUUUAGUUCAAGAGGGGGAGAUUCAUUAAAAACGUUCAGUGCGUCACGAAUACUGGACUACGGGCAAGCAUCUGUACAGAGCUGCAGUUCAGUGAUUGCUUCCCUUGCAGGGCCAAUACCCAAGGCACAGUUUGAACAUUAUCUUGUUAACCCAGCAGCUCACUGACCUGCCUGCUGCCAAAGAGCUGUACACACCUCCGUCCGUUUGAAGAGCUGCUUUUGGAGAGAAGCUGUGUGUUACAUUGUGAGCUGUGGGUUCAUUCUGUCGUUCUUGUGUUGUUGCUUGUUGCUGCUGUUGUAUUGCGCACCAAAGUAAGCAAAGCAUAUCGUGGCAAGCCAAGGGCUCUACUGGCAAAAAUAAGAAGCCGAUAUGACUGAUUAAGUGAAUCGACAGCCAACUGUUUAAAACAAUGGGAAACUGUACACAUCUAAGAAUUGUAAAAAGUAUAACGUGUGUAUUUUUAAGAUGAUUUUAAUAAACCUGAAACCGAUCA